GUCCGCACUCUCUUUCUGUGUUGUUCCUUGUUCCGUGCAUAUGCACUUUGAUGCACACGUGCUUGUAUUUUUGUUUGACAAGUUUUGUUUGUAUGAACCACAUUUCUAACCGAAGUAAGUAUAACUUAGUGGAUCGUCAACCACCAACUGGUUGAAAAAUGGGGAAGAACAACAGACAUCAGAAAAAUAUAAAGUCUGAAAAGGCAAAGGUCAAGCUAAAAGCCAAAAAGGGAGUAAAAAAUUUGCCAAAAGGACUGAAUGUAACGGACACAACAUUCAAAGUUAAAAAAAUAAUAAUCAGAGAACAACUGAGGCAGCAUGAGGAAAGUGAAAUAUUGAGUCGCAGAAAGUUAAAUGUCAAGGAUUUACUAACAAGGCUUCAGCAUCAUAAUUCAAAUGUUCGCCAAGAAGCAAUAAGAGAGUUGAAAGAAAUGUUAUUGCAGCAUUCGACCGACAUUUUGAGUUCACAGUUGCGCUCAUUGCUCCAAGGGAUUUCUAGUUUGACUUUGGACAGAGAGAAGGACAUACGUCGGGAUUCUUUAAAAGUAUUGAAUUCAAUAUUAGGCCCAAUAUCAAACGACCAAUUGCAUCCUUUUUCGGAUGUUCUUGUAUCAUAUCUUUGUUGUGCAAUGACUCACAUAGAUCCGAACAUAAAAGAGGAUUCUCUCAUGUUUCUUGACGUUCUCGCCCAGAACUGUGGCUCGUUGCUGGCAAAAAACGCACAAAAAGUACUGCCAAAUUUUCUCGACAUGAUAUCGAAACUCAAAUCCGAAUCGCAUCCAGGCAGGCAACUUGUUACUACGUUAAGCUCGAAGAAUACGAGUGUCAAAUGGCGAACGAACGUUCUCAACAGAUUAUCCACAAUUUUGACUUCCAUUAUCAGCGAAAGGAAAUCACAAAUGCUUGAACAUAGAAAUUCCAAUGAUAACACCAUACUCGUUGGUGCUGAAAUUCAACAUGCCGCUGUGUACAAUAAUAAUUUGCUGAAUGUUUGCAGUAUUGAUUUCGAUGCGAUAGAGAAUAUUACAGACGAGCCCAAUUCUAAUCUCGAGGACCUCAAAGGCUACACUAAAGUCCUCAUGCCACUGAUGUUUGACAGUUGGCUCGAAGUCCAGCCGAAACAAAGUAUAACGAUUUUAGCUUGUGAUCCUGUGAUCUCUCUCGAAGCUGCGAGUCUUCUAAAAAGUAUAGCAGAUGUUGUUCAACUCACGAUCGAGUACUUUGAACUGUUGGAACUCGAAACUGAUUCUCGUGAUCAUGGCACUUGGCUGAGAGAACAUUUUCUUAAUCCAUUCGAGAAAAAUUUGUUGGACAAAUUUCCUUACAGUCAAAUGAAAAAUGUGCCAAAACCACGCAAGCGUCAAGAAGACUUCGAUACCUUCGACUCGAAUGAUAAGUGCCUCGAACCAAAUUUCUCUCUCUGCUACGCAUAUAUUUGGAUCUUGACCGCUAACAGAAUUAACAGGAUUGAUCAUGCGGUGAGCAGAGAUAUAUGCGGUAGAAUUUUGAAUUACGUCUGUGAACGAUUGAAGAGUUGGUCAGGCAGCGAUAACGCAGCACUUCCACAUCUGACGAAACUUCUCAAAGUGAUCUGUCUUCGUGCGAGUAAAGUUUUGUACAAAAGUGGCUUUAGUUUAGGUGAAAUUCUUGGUUCAAUGACAGAAGUACAUGCACGAGGAUUCAAACAGGAAUUGCAUACACAGGUGUUUACGAUUCUCACAGAAAUCGUUCUUAAUCAUGAAUUAGAGGAAAUACACAACGAAAAAGCGAUCAAAGACUUUGUGGCUUCCCUUCCAAGUUUGCUGCUCAAAAGUAGCAUACAUCAGAGAACAAUUUAUAUGCUUAACAGAGUUGUAUUGCAAUAUGGCAAUUGGAUACGUGAGGAAUUAGCGAAAAAACAGGACGAAAUAAUUGAAAAUGCUAAACAAAUUGAGAUCAUUGGGAGCGACGAUGAGCAACGUUCUCGUCUGAUGAUUUGCAAUCUUUUCUAUUUCGUCGAUGAGCAAGUUUAUUAUUGAAGUGUUAUUCUCUUCAUAAUUUUGGAUGAAUUUUUUUGUAAAUAAAAAUAUUUUUGUCGA